UCACUUUCUGACACCCGAUGGUCCAGCUAAUCUUGCAACCAGAAGAUAAACACCUUCGUCGUCUUCCGCUUUCAAUUAUAUUUAUUACCCGCGUCAAUCUCCAUCAUCGUCUUUCUCGUCAAUGACUUCACCGCUUUCAAUUUUUCUUCACAUUCGUCUUCACCGAUUCAACUCAUCACACUCUCUCACACACACAUAUACACACACUUGAAAUGUAACCGUUUCAAUACUUCAAUUUUAAACUCACGAUCACAUUAUUCUGUUCAAAGUUGAAACCUAGGGUUUGCGAGUAGUUUUUUUGUUGCCGUGAGUUGAAUUUGAAUAAUAGAUGUUACAGAGGUUGAAUUUUUGUGCGUUUUUAGGUUUAUGAGUGUCUAUUGGUUUGUAUUAGUGGAAUUGUUGAUAAUUUAGGGUUUUGAACGAGUUUUUUUGAUCGAAUAUGCCGAGUAUCCGAGCUCCGGCGACGAAGAAAGCUACAACUCUCACUGUUGCUGUGAAAUGUAGACCGUUGACGGAGAAAGAGCGUGGGCGUGAUAUAGUGCGAGUUAAUAAUAAUAAGGAGGUAGUUGUUCUGGAUCCGGACUUGUCUAAGGAUUAUCUAGAUCGGAUACAGAAUCGCACAAAAGAGAGAAGAUAUACUUUCGAUUACGCCUUUGCUCCAGAUUCAAAAAAUGCGGAUGUAUAUGAAAGAAGUAUAUCUUCUACAAUCUCUGGGGUAGUUCAUGGUCUAAAUGCAACUGUGUUUGCAUAUGGUUCAACUGGAAGUGGAAAAACCUAUACAAUGGUAGGAACUGAAGGCGACCCAGGCCUGAUGGUUCUAAGCCUACACACAAUAUUCGAUUUUAUAAAAAAUGAUAAGAGCUCGGAUGUAUUUGAAGUUACUUGUUCCUACCUUGAGGUCUAUAAUGAGGUGAUCUACGAUCUACUUGAAAAAUCAUCUGGUCAUUUGGAACUCAGAGAGGACCCAGAGCAGGGGAUAAUUGUAGCUGGGCUAAGAUGUAUCAAGGUCAACUCAGCUGAUAAGAUUCUUGAGCUUUUAAAUGUUGGGAACAGUAGGCGCAAAACUGACAACACAGAUGCCAACGAGACAUCAUCACGGUCUCAUGCAGUUUUGGAAAUAACUGUGCUUAGAAAACAGAAAAGGAAAUACCGUAGUCAAGUUAUUCGUGGUAAACUCGCACUUGUGGAUCUUGCUGGGAGUGAACGAGCCUCUGAAACUAAUAACGGUGGCCAGAAAUUAAGAGACGGUGCCAAUAUAAACCGAUCACUUCUUGCGUUGGCAAACUGUAUAAAUGCUUUAGGAAAACAGCAUAAAAAGGGUCUAGCAUACGUCCCUUAUCGCAAUAGCAAGUUGACUCGAAUUCUUAAAGUUGGCUUGAGUGGCAAUUCUCAAACGGUUAUGAUUGCAACUAUAUCACCGGCUGAUAAUCAAUAUCAUCACACUGUUAAUACCUUGAAAUACGCAGACCGAGCUAAGGAAAUCAAAACACACAUCCAGAAAAAUAUUGGCACAGUUGAUACUCAUGUAUCAGAUUAUCAACGUAUGAUCGACAGUCUUCAGACCGAGGUUAGUCAGUUGAAGACACAACUAGCUGAAAAGGAAACACAACUGAACACGAAACCUACUGAAAGACCAGUGGAUGAUGAAUUAUCAUGGUUAAACACAUUGAGCCAAGAAACCAGUGAAAAUGUCCAAGAACGGAUAAACUUACAAAAAGCUGUGUUUGAACUUGAGGAAACAAAUCUUAGAAACCGAACUGAGUUGCAACAUCUUGAUGAUGGUAUUGCAAAACAGCAGGCCAUUGAAAAUGAUGGAACAGUUGUGCAGGCUUUACUGUUGAGGCGACAACUUGUUCUGGACAAUAUACGUGACAAUGAUGAGACAGGUGUCAUUUAUCAGAAGGAAAUUGAAGCCAAUGAGAAACGUCGAUGUCAAUUACAAGAGAUGAUUGAUGAGGCCAUAAGCAACAAUGCUAAUAAAACUUACUUGCGUAUUCUCAGUCAAUAUAGACUCCUGGGGAUGACUAAUACGGAGCUGCAGUUUGAAAUGGCAAUGAGGGAUCAAGUGAUACACAAUCAGAGGGAAACACAAAGAAAUCUAUGGAAACUGCUUAUGGGAUUAGGAUUAGAUGAAAAGCAGCUGCUUAAACUUGCUGCUAAGCAAGGUAUAACAAUCGAAGACUGGACAAUGACACCCCAGUUGGGUUUGAAAGAUUCACGGAAGACGGGACAUGAAAGAUCUUCUCACGUACCUCAGUCAUAUGCUAAUCCUUCUAGAACACCCCCACAAAACCAAGAAUACGGAGACUCGGCCCACACGUAUUGUAGGGAGGAACACCAUUCAUCAUAUUACUUCAUGUCACAUAAUUCCCCAUCUACGUAUAUGAGGCUAACUCGGAGUAGCGAGAAUUGGCUUGGUCAUGGACCAAGCUAUUCACAGAAGGAUGAAUGGAAUAAGAUCUCACCUGGUGGAACUAGUUGUAGUGAAGAUCCCUUGAGAGGGCAGAUGAUGAACCGCAACAGUCCUACUACACCUGUCAACUGUAAGAGUAUAUUUCCACAACCCAGUGUCAUAAAUGUGUCAAGGGCAAAGACAAAUCUGUCACAAGCUGGUAGUUCACCUGUAUAAAUAGGAGCUUCAAUUCUUUUUCUAACCAACUUCAGUUCAAUACAACCCUGCUUCAUUUUGAUUUCAUUUUGGUAGUUCACCUGUAUAAACAAGACUACAAGUUACAUAAUGGUUUUACACCAUCCAAGCUAAAGAGUAUUGGCGUUUAUUCAUUUUCAUGAACGACCAUUGGAUUAUAUCCUCGUGUUGAACCUUCAACAAUCAGCUUUUAGUAUUCCAAUUACUUUAUAAAUAGUACACAACGAUAGUAGUGCCCAAACCUAAGCAAGUCGCGGCCGGUUUGAGAUCUAAAAGAUUUGGUUCAUGGUUUGUUUUUUUGUUGGUUUGAUGGUUUGAUGGUUUAAUGAUUUGGUCCACUUUUGAACUUGGAGCCAAUCGCUUUAAGUUAUAUUAUUUGUAUAUUUUUUCAUUUUUGGAA